UGUGUGGUAGCCAAGGAUGACUUGCCUGCGUCUUAACACCAUAUCACAGACUUUAUCGAUAGUCUCUGAGUUGGUUAGGCUGUAGGCAGUCUCCUCGGCUAUUCAGACACUCCUCUUUCUCCUCAUUUCACAUUUCUCUUUUUCAAUGACCGAACACAGAAAGCGUUUUGAUACAUUCGAUUUUGGUUGGUCUUUAAAUUGAAAACAAGUUUACGAGAUCUCGUAUGAGAUUGGGUGGAAUAUUGUCUAUGUAUGAGCAUUGGGACAAUGUGUUGUGGAAAGAUCGAGGGCUUUGCUUCACUGUGACCAAUAAACUUCACGUGGAGAGUCUGUGGAUCUUGUCGCCUAUCAGCAUGUGAGCUUUUCUCUAAUUCUAUUUCUAAAUGUGGCCAUGUAAAAGGGUCGGCGGCGAAAAACUUAAUGAUAUCUGUGAUAUUAUUGUUUAGUUCGUGAAGUAAAUUGAUUUAACCUGAAACAAGCAAAAAAGUUUUAAAUCCAAAAACCAAUUUAUGCGUUUUAGAGUCAAUUGAAUAUGCGUUUUUACAUUAAUUAAUUUAUAACUUCUAUUUCUGUAAGAGAUAACGUCUUACGAUGCCUUUUCUCUAAUAUGGCUAUCUAUCUAUCAAUUCACAAGCCAGGCAUUCGUUGAUAUACUUUACGAGUUAGAUUUCCGUGAAGGUAGUUUCAAUUUUUGAUCCAAAAGAUAAUAAUAAUUACUGAUUUAGUCAUAUACCUUAAAGACAAAAUUAACAUAUACAACCAACCACAAAUUUAACCAAUUAAAUUUGUGAUUGUUGAAUGCUGAUGAUGCCAAAACUCAAAAAAAAAGUCUCAAAAAUAUCUUAAAAGACAUGUAUCAGAUCUUUUCCGCUUUUCGUAGCUCCAAGCUUCACCGUGACUGAAGACGACCGGAUCAAAUCUCGGACAUAAAAGUCUCCUUCUUUCGGACAAUUAUUUUUCUUAUUAAACAAACCCAAAGCCAAAAUCUCAGUUCAAACUCCAACCAGUUCUCCUUCCAGAUCCUAAACCACUCAUCAUCUCCUCCUACAGAUCUACAUAUAUGGCGGUUACUCACUGAUUCAGACACGCCGAAAAAGGACUUCACUUUUUCAUCACUUCCAAUGGCAGAUCCUCGAAACGGCAAGUCCUUCUUUCUCACCUUCUACUUUAUAAUCACCCUCACUCUGCUUUUCAUCUCGCCGUCGGACGCCAACGAGUCUCCGGCCAUCGUUGAUUCGACUGAAGACGUUGUUUCCACCGAUGUAGCUGCGUCGGUUACCGAACCCACCCGAGAAGAUGCUCUACUGCACAAACUCGAGGAACUCGUUAAGAAUCUGACGGAGAUCGUCUCUAAUCUAGACGCGAAGUUAUCCGAAUCGAAGAACGAGAUCUCUAAAUCAGAUGAUGAAGCCUUCGUCGGAGGAGGAAGAGCCAAGGCCUUCUCAGUGACAAAGUACAGUCCUUUCUGGACGGAGAGAUUCUCCUUCACAUCGGCAGUGAAGCUCGACUCAGACGCCACGUGUAUCAACGUGCUGCCGUUUAAAGACUUCGAAGGCUCGAGCAAGUACUUCGCGAUCGGGGACUCUAGAGGUAGAGUUUACGUGUUCUUGAGAAACGGCGACGUUUUGAUCGAGUUCUUCACCACCGUUGAUUCGCCCGUUACAGCUAUGGUUUCGUAUUUUUCGAUGUUUAAGAACUCGAGUUUCGUCGUCACUGGUCACCAAAACGGCGCCGUUUUGUUCCACCGGAUCCACGAGGGAUCGAGUGGAGAAGACUGGAACUCCAACUCUGUCUCGAUGGAACACGUCGGGGCUUUCGACGUGGAUGAUUCGGCUGAUCCUGUGACUCUGUUGGAAGUGCACCACGUGGGUCGUGUUAGGUACAUUUUGGCCACGGAUCUUAGCGGGAAGCUGACGGUUUUAACCGAGAACCGAACGGUUUACGGUUCGGUUAUCCCGACGAGUAGACCGCUAGUGUUCUUGAAGCAGAGGCUGUUGUUCCUCACCGAGUCUGGCGCCGGUUCGUUGGACUUGAGGAGUAUGAAGAUUAGAGAAACCGAGUGCGAAGGACUAAACCAUUCUCUUGCGAGAAGCUACGUUUUCGACGCGACGGAACGGUCCAAAGCUUACGGAUUCACAUCGGAUGGCGAGAUCAUUCACGUGCUGCUCCAUGGAGAUAUAAUGAACUUCAAAUGCAGAGUUAGAUCCAAGAAGAAGUUUCAAAUGGAGGAGCCGGUCGCGUUACAAUCGAUCAAAGGCUAUCUACUCGUGAUAAACGAAGAGAAGGUUUUCGCUUUUAAUGUAUCGACUCAGCAUUACGUGAGAACAGCUGGUCCUCGUCUCUUGUUCUCCGCUGGUUUGGAAGAGAUCAGAUCCUCGUUCUUGAGCCAUCGUCAGUCAUCUUCAAGAAAUGUAGGUGUAAAGGCGAGGCCUUUGAUAGCUAGCGACAGAGAGAAUCUUCUUGUGAUGGGUUUAGGAGACGGGUACUUCGGUGUUUACAAGUCGAAGCUUCCGAGUCUCAAAGGAGAGUUCAACACAAUGCUUUGGAGCAGUCCUGUGUUCUUCUUCAUACUGUUUCUCUUCGGAGCUUGGCAUUUCUUUGCAAAGAAGAAAGAAUCUCUCACGGCUUGGGGACCAGAUGAUCCUUUUACUCCGACGGCUGCGGGACAGAACAGCUCUGCGAAAGAGCCGAGUUUUACUGAGCCUGCUAGGAGAAGCGAUGACCUCAUGGAUCUACGUAGAAGGUACGUUGGUGCGUCGCCGUACCGUAAUGACCAGAGUUCGAGAGCUCCGGUGGAUGGAGGAGGGUAUAGAACAACGGCACAGGAUCAUAAUAACUAUCGAGGCGGGUCGGGGCUUGACUCAAGCGGGUUUGGUAAUAGAAGAGAUAGUUUGUAUGGUAACAACAAAGUUAUGGACGACGAGAGUUAAAAAGAAUCUCUGUGACUUUUUGCAUUUGAAUUUUGACGUGUAAGAAAGAAAAUACACUUUGUAAUUCUCAAAGCUUUUUGUUAUUCCUUCCUUUGUAAUUUUACAGACAUUCUCUUCAAAAUGUUUGAAUAAUGUUAAAUUCUUUGCAAA